AGCCACGCGUUUAGACAUGCAAGGAGGAAGAAGGGUGAGAAUCAGCUUCACCUUGGCGUAAGACUUCGAAUGCAAACCACAAGAGGAGAAAAACUAGAACAUGGCGUUUGGAGCAGCUGCCACUGCCACUGCCACUGCCAUGGCAUCUAAGUUUGCUGGAAGGAUCGGUAAUCCAAUUCGACUAUCAACUUCUCAGCUUCCCAAGCUCCGCCUCCAUCGCACUCCUUUGCUUCUUCCGCAACCGUUCUCCGCAUUUUGGACCAAUCAACCCCGAUUGAAAUUCCAAAUUUGCGCUAUUAGUGAAUCUGCAGUAGAUCCUGUUUCUUCGAACAGAGAGCAUGGAGAACGAUCGCCUGAAAGUUGGAAGAUCAAAAUGCUCUAUGAUGGAGAUUGCCCACUCUGCAUGCGUGAGGUUAAUAUGCUGAGGGAGAGGAAUAAGCGAUAUGGCACAAUCAAGUUUGUUGACAUAAGUUCAGAUGAUUACACCCCAGAAGAAAAUCAGGGCCUUGACUACAAAACCGUUAUGGGAAGAAUCCAUGCUAUCCUUGCAGAUGGUACCGUGGUCAGAGAUGUGGAAGUCUUUAGAAGACUUUAUGAACAAGUUGGUCUUGGAUGGGUAUAUGCCGUUACAAAAUAUGAACCAGUUGGAACAUUAGCCGAUGCUGUAUAUGGUCUCUGGGCAAAAUAUCGUCUUCAAUUGACAGGUCGGCCACCGCUAGAAGAUAUUCUGGUUGCACGGAAGAAAAACAAGGAUGAAGUAUGUAAUGACAGCAAGGCUUGCAAGGCGUAAUCCUUCUACACGGGAUGACAAUUCUCACUUGGUCAUUGGAUUACCAGAAAGGGAGAGAGCUAGUAGACGUUUCUUUUACAUUCCUGUAUACAUGGCUGCCUUAUAGACUCGUAACAAUACUUUAUACGUAGUCCACAAAAUGUCAAAUGUACUCUAGUAGAUAUCAUAGGCACUUCUUCCCAGCUCUCCUUGUACUCAACAAUCUCGUUGGUAUUGAUUUCUGCUUCUAUUUAUA